UUUUUUGGCAUUAUUUUAUCAUUUACAUGGAGCCCACCAUGUGAAUACCACCAUGUGAAUAAUCUGGUGGAACCCUGUUUUUACUUCCGAUCGCCGUCUCAUCAAUUAGAAAAGAAAGGGCGGCGGCCCAAUCGUGGCCAUACGGUGGGUUAUACUGCGGUGAAUUUAAUGCAGUGAUGAAUUGGGUCUGUCACUCUGUCGUCACUGUCAGCGCACCCUUUUUUCUCGAUUUCUACAUUUUCUAUAAAUAUUAUUUUUGGGCAAUAAUGAACUUUUCUAUUCAAUCAAUAGCCUUUAAUAUUCACCAAAAACCAGUCUUGUUGGAACCUCCCUUCACUGCAAAGCCAUUCCUCAACAUGAAGUCAUGAAGUGAUGACUCUCUCUCUCUACAUAUAUAUAUAAACUAUAAUAUUUUCGGGCACGUCAAUGCUCUUUAGCAGCCAAUGCCUUGUAGCUUUCUGAGUUUCGGCAUUUAAUUAAUCUCUGCAUGUGUACUGUGUUACGAGGGCAAUCAGAUUGAAAUUUCAGAAGUUUUAUUUUUUAUUUGUUGCCAUUUUCAUAUAAACUGUAUUGUGUAUAGUGGAACUCCAAAAAAUAAAAAAAAUAGUGAGAAAAAUGAGACCAAGGAUUUACCUUUUUGGAGACUCUAUCACUGAAGAAUCCUUUACCGAUGGCGGCUGGGGAUCUUCUCUUGCAAAUCACUUCUCUCGCACGAUGGAUGUGGUGUUAAGGGGGUAUAGCGGGUACAAUACGAGAUGGGCUCUUAAGGUGGUGGAGAAGGUGUUUCCACCGCCGGAGAGAGGCGGUGUGCCGAUGGCAGUGACGGUGUUCUUCGGCGCAAAUGAUGCUUGCCUUCCAGAUAGAUGCAGUAGCUUCCAACACGUGUCUGUUGACGAGUACAGGAAGAAUCUCCACGCCAUUAUCGCCUUUCUCAAGAAACGAUGGCCUUCUGUUCGUAUUCUCCUAAUCACGCCUCCUCCAAUUGAUGAAGAUGGACGUCUUCAGAAUCCAUUUGUCGAGAACGAAUCAGGUCUACCUGAGAGAACAAAUGAGGCUGCUGGCAGGUAUGCCAAAGCCUGCCUUGCAGUUGCUGCGGAAUGUGGAAUUCCGGCUGUGGAUCUUUGGACUAAAAUGCAGCAGGUUCCUGGCUGGCAAAAAGCUUAUCUAAGAGAUGGUUUGCAUCUGAAUAAAGGUGGCCAAAGAGUUGUAUUUGAGGAAAUAAUCCUCGGACUAAAGGGAGCAGGCCUAAGUCUGGAGACUCUACCAGUUGAUCUUCCACUUAUAGCCGAGAUUGAUCCUAAAGAUCCCAUGAAGUCUUUUGAGAAUUAACUUGGAAAAUGGGGACACUUUAUUAUGCUGGUAUGAAUAUAGUGAACUCAUAUGCUAAAAGCAUGAUAUAUCUGCAUAUUUUGGUGCAACUUUUGUGCUACUGUUGAUUUUGUCGAACUCUACAGCAUUCUAGUAAAAUGCUUUUGCUGUGUCAUGUAGCUGGUGAAAGUUAAGGCCGUAACAUUCUGAAAAUAUUCGCGUUAAA